UAGAAGGGCAGGUUAGAUUUGAUGAAGGUAGGGAGGCUGGAUUAGAAGAUGAUAAUGGUAUAGGAGCUGAUUUAGUGGGAAGUGAAGAUGAGGGUGAUGAUAGUGGUCACACAAUUACUGACUCUAGCACAUAUAGUGAUAUCCAGUCAAAUAGUGAUGAGGAAGUAGUGAAGCAUGAUCAUGUGGUUGACUCUAUUGCUGAGGGAGAUCAAGGAUACUUCGCAUUAGGUAUGACCUUUGCAGGGGCAAAGGAUGCUGUGGAGUCCAUUAACAACUAUGCUGUCAAAUUUGGUUACAAGAUCAAGUUUGUUAAAAAUGAACCUCAUAGAAUCAGGGUGGUUUGCAUCAGUGAAAGAAAUUGUCCAUUUGUAAUGCUUGCUUCAAAGGGUAGGGAGUCAGAGGGCUUGGUUAUUAACACAUUAACACUAGAGCAUACCUGUUGUAGGCAAAUAGAGGUGCCUAGUACUUCUAAAAAAUGCCUAGCUAACUAUUUCAAGGAAGCAUUGUAUAGAAAUCCUAGGUUUUCAUCCAAAGAUAUGCAGGGCCAUGUCAAAGACCACCUGAAACUCCAUGUGAGCUUGGGAAAGUGCAAAAGGGCUAAGAGGACUAUCCUUGCCAAACUGCAAGGCAGUUACAAAGAGAAGUUCAACAUGCUAGUUGGCUACAUUGAGAAGGUGAAAGAGACUAAUCCAGGAAGCAAAAUAGAACUGCAGUUAUCUAAGGAUGAGUUAGCAAAUGGCAUGAGGGUUUUCAAAAGGUUAUUUGUGAUGCUUGAUGCAUGUAAGAAAAACUGGAUUGGUGGUUGCAGACCUUUAAUUUCUUUGGAUAGCUGUCACUUGAAAGGGGUUACUUUUGGAGUCCUUCUCACAGCCGUUGGAAAUGAUGCAAAUGAUGGUGUUGUUCCUAUUGCAUGAGCAAUAGUGAACAAAGAGAAUAAGCACAAUUGGAAUUGGUUUUUAAAUUGGUUAAGGUGUGAGCUACAACUUGGUGAUGGCUCAACAGUUGCACUCAUAUCUGAUAUGCAGAAGGGUUUGAUGGAAGCAGUGAAGGAACAACUUCCAGAGGCUGAGCAUAGAUGGUGUGCAAGACACAUCUAUGCUAAUUGGAGUAAGAAAUGGAGAGGUGGUGAACUGAAGAAAAGGUUUUGGAUAGCAACUUGGAGUUCAUUCGAAGAGGAAUUCAAGUUGAACAUGGCAAAUAUUAGCUCAAUCAAGAAACAUGUUGCUGUGGAUCUUCUCCAAUAUCCACCAGAAAAUUGGUGCCGAGUAUACCAGAGCAACAGGUGUUGCACUAACAUGGUUGACAAUAACAUCUCAGAAUCCUUCAAUUCUAAUAUCAUAGAAGCUAGGCACAAGCCCAUCAUUAGUAUGCUAGAGGAUAUUAGGGUGUUGGCUAUGACUAUAAUUAGGGAAAGGAGAAACAAUAUGCAUGGUUGAAAGUGUGAAUGGUCUUCUUCUUCAAUGAAGUUAUUUGAGGCUGCAAAAUGUGAUGCAAUGACUUGCAAUGUCAUUUGGAAUGGGGAUGAUGGAUAUGAGAUUGGGGAGUUUGAGGAUAAGUAUAAUGUUUCUUUGGAUAGGAAGAAAUGCACAUGUAGAAUGUGGGAACUAACAGGCGUACCAUGUUUCCAUGCCCUUGCGGCACUGUUUUAUUCAAAAUUGGACCCUCUUAGUGUUAUGUCAAGCUGGUACCACAAGUCAAGCUUCUUGAAAAGCUAUGAGCAGUCAGUACAGCUUGUUCCAGGAGUAAAGUUUUGGAAACUGAAGCAAAGUGAUGGCAUAGAGCCUCCUCCUGUAGAAAAGAAGACUGGCAGACCCAAGAAGAAGAGAGUCAGAGCUCCAAACGAGCCUAGGAGAAGCAACAGGCUCUAAAGAAAAGGGGCAGAAGCAACAUUGCAACAUAUGCAAGAGUGCAAGUCAUAAGAAGGGUCAGUGUCCUGAAAGACCAAGUCAGGUAUUAUUAUACUCAUCAAUUCAAAUGCUACACCUUAUUGUAUUUGUACUAAUUGUUAAUUUGCUUCAAUACUUGAUAGGCGACACACGGUACACAGGGUACACAAGCUUCUAGUUCAUCUUUGCCUAUAAAACUUAAGUCAAGAAGGAGUUCUCAGGGCCUUGGAUUGUAUAUCAAUCCUGACAGUGGUAGGACAGUGCUUGAUGUAAGCUUCCACAAUCCUAAGAGUUUUAUUUAUUCAUUUCCCUCUUAAUAUGCUAUAACUAAGUUGUUGUAUGCAAUGUAAUAGCCCGGUAUGUCACAAUCAGUGGUCAUAGAUGAUGGGAGAUCCACAGAGCCUAACCCAAACACACGAUUUGCGAUUCCAAAUGAGGAUGAGUUGAGGAAGGAGAAGAGGAAACAAGUACCCCCAAAGGUGAUGGAGAGAGCUCGAAGGUUAGGAAGGUGGCCUCCAAGCCAUUCACGGCUCCACGAGGCAAAGAGAAACAAGAGAAUGAAGAAACUGUCCUUAGAAGAUCCCCACGAGGAAAAAAUAUUUCUUCAAUUGUGGGUUCUACUACAACUAGUUGAAGUGCUGCAUUUCUUCUCAGAUGGAUGAUUAACUGUUAUGUGAAAAAACCUGAAAUGCUUCUAUUUUUGAUGUUGUCAAGAGCACUUGAUUAUACUUUUGUUUAGGAUUACUACUUAUGAUCUUGGUGUUCCUUUAUGAUAGAUAUUAUAACAGAUGGAUGUUCUUUUAUGACAGUAAACAUAUGGUUUCUAUUUCUA